AUGGCUGAUAUUUACCGAUGGUGUAAGGAGAAGGGGUUGGAACCUCUCUGCAGUUUUGGACUUCGCGGGCCCCUGUCCACAGUUGAUGACAGCUCUGUGCUACGUGCUGUGGGGAAUCUUUAUGGUGUCAGUCAGCCGUGUAUUGUUAACAAGUGGAAAGGGCAGUAUGGUGACACAUAUGCCAUGUUGAUUAGUAACAGGAACUCUAUAGAUAAGACAUUAAUACCCUUCAUGGUGGUAGUGGAAGGGGUAGUGGGGCAGAAAGUACAAGUUCUGUGGCCAGAGGGGGAAGAGAUAGCUGAGGAAGAGACCACCUCCGGGGAAGAUGAUGGUGGUGGGGAUGGUCAACUCCUCCAUAGUGAGCCCGAAUCCCCUAUUAAAAAUGAGGAAGCCACCGGAACAGGAGUCGAAGCUGUGGUAGGGAAGAUGGUCAGCCAAUUAGAACGUUGGCAUUAUGAAGGCGGAUAUCGCCGGUUACGAAUCUUCUCAGGAAUCACCCCAGUACAGGCAGGCGAGGAAACCUAUGAUACAUGGAGGGAAGCCGCUAUUCAACACUCGGAAGAAUGGCAAUGCCCCGAGCACAUUAAGAAGCAACAAAUAGUCGAGAGCUUAAGAGGGCCCGCUAUGCGGGUGAUACAGGCCACGAGGCGAAGCAAAGUGACUGCGACCCUGAAAGAUUAUAUCGAGACAUUAGACUUCUCGUAUGGAACCUUAGAGGAUGUCGGAGAUUUGUUAGCUCGGUUGAAUCGAACUUAUCAGGAACCGGGGGAGACGUUGACCCACUUUAUAUAUAGGGUGGAUCGAUUGAUUUACAAAAUCGUGGACAAGGGAGGUAUUGCCAAGGAGGCUGUGGAUGAGACUCGUCGGAGACAGGUGCUGAAAAGGGCCAUGACUAACAAUCCUGUUGCUCAGAGGUUAAGAUGCACAAUGACUACUGGUCCCCCUCCUACUCUGACUGACCUGGUCAAAGAGGUCACGUUGGAGGAGGUACAGAUCGAGACUAGGGAGAAGAGCAUAAAGAAAGUAAAGGUAGUAUUACCUACGCCAACCCCUCCCACAAUGGACGAACGGCUGUUAAAAUUGUUAGAGGAGCAAAACAAAAAAAUAGACCAGCUGAUUGCUCUGCAGUCAAAUACCCAGUCCAGUCUGUAUUGGCCCCCAGGGGGAGGACGGGGGAGGAACCAGGGAAGCAGAACUCGGAACCCAAUCAUAUGCUACAGUUGUGGGCAAGCCCGGCAUAGAUCGUUUGAAUGUCCUGGUGAGGGAGUUGGAAGGAUGGGGAAUAGUAACAGUCUGAGCCAAAGGAGAACUAAUCACCUGGAACACCCCAAUGGGAGUGCUGUGACCCCCUCACAGGCUCCCCAAUUAUAA